AUGAGCAUCGACGAAUCGGACCCGACGAACACUUCGCCGACUAAGCCGGCGGUGGCCCGGUGGAAGCGGGGCUCCGAAAUGGGGGUCCCGCUGGUGUCCUGGGGGCGCACCGGCCACCCUCCGCCACCAGCGCCGACGGCGACGGUGGCGCUAUCAUUAGGCUCGCAGGCAUCGCCGACGGAUGGUGGUGGCCAGCGGCGGCCGCCCGGAGCCCGACGCGGUGUCCCGCACCGCCAGUUGCUGCUGCUACCGCUGAUUAUGCUCCUAAUUGCCGUUAUUGACCACGGCGAAGCCGGUACCUGUUGGUUGCGGCGCAACGGACCUUCCGGCAAGUGCAGUCAGCUGUUCGCCCGGAAUGUGACGCACGAUAGCUGCUGUGGCGGCGGCGGUGGGAAAGGAUUCAGCGAAAAGGACAUUUCGGACGUGGGACUGUUCUUCAUCAACGCGUUCAACGAUGGCAUGGCGUGCGCUUCGUGCUUAGAUACGUGCGACCGGGCAAAGUGUGGUGUGGACAAGCGGUGCGUGAUGCGCCACAAUCGUCCCAAGUGCAUCUGUGCUCCGGCGUGCACCAAGCAGCUGCACAAGGGCCCGAAGCGCAAGGGCAAGGGUGACCAGGAGCACCACCCGCUGCUGGCCGGGUCAGGGCAUCAUCAUCACCACCAACAACAACCGCACCAGCAGAACAUCAAGGUGAUCAAUCUGAGCGAGAGCCAACGUAAUCGGCGCCAAUAUUUUGCCGACGACGGGGGCCGGCGGCGGGCCCCGUUCGCGGUCAGUGCCCGGCAGCUCCGCUUCACCGACACCCGGCCCCGCCCCCCGGCCGCCCCGGUCGGGAAGGGGGUGGUGAAGAAGAAGAAGUCUAGUGACCUAAGUGACCACCCGAGCCAAAGAGGAACUGGAAGCGCGGGCCCGAAGCAUAAUUUAUUGGAAUCUGUGACAUUAGCGAGUAGCAGUAGUAGUAGUAGUAAAGGCAGUAGUAGUAGUGCAAGUAGUAUUAUUCGUAGUCAAUCACAGACCCGAGCGCCGGCGCCGAACUGCACUUCCGCGACGCAGCCGGCCGCAGGCUGCAGUGCGGUGCCACCCACCACCCACUGGUCCGAUGGCGAUCGGGUGGUGCUCCUGCACCCCCCGGAACCCACCAAACGGAGCCCCUCUUCCACCACGCCACGGCGGCACCGCAAGAAGGCGUUGCAAGCGGUUCCGGCCGUCGCCGGAAAUCAGACAGCAACCGUCACGGUUGCCCCCUCCCACCGACCUGCGCCGACACCGUUCGUGGCGUUCGGCAAACCGAAACUGUUACGCCCACCGAAGGACCCGAAAGCGCAAGGCUUCCGCAAACGGAAUAGGACCGCCAUGGUACGAGUGGCGCGCCGAGAGCCUCAAUAUGUGGAUGAUCUGUUCGUCGUCGACAGUCACGUCCGGCGUCGGGACCCAUGGCUGCCACCGUCCCAGCCCGUGGACGACUACUGGGGGAACGAAAUUACGCACCACACCGGCUUCUACAACCCGGUCUGCGGCAGCGACGGCAAAACGUACAAGACGGAGUGCCAGCUGAAGAAGCGGGCCUGCCGCCAGGAGCUGCCGUCGCUGAUGGUUGCCUACAAAGGACACUGUCAAACGUCCUGUAAGUUUGUCAACUGCCCGGACGACAAGCGGUGCAUCGAGGAUCAGAACGCGGCCCCACACUGUGUGUCCUGCGGAACGGUGGCCGAGUGCCGGACGGCGGACCGAUCACCGAAGGCGACGGUCUGCGGCACGGACGGGCUGACCUACCCGAACGUCUGCGAGCUGAAGCGCCAGGCGUGUCUCAUUGGCCGUGCCAUUCCCGUCGCAUACCGUGGACGCUGCAACGAGGCCGCCACUUGCGAUACGAUCAAGUGCAAGGAUCGGCAGCACUGUCUAACGGACCUCAAAACGCAUAAGCCGCGCUGCGUCAGUUGCAGCUACAAGUGUCCCCGGAUGAAACGCCAGCAGCAGAGCAACGGAAAACCGUUCCGCAACGCCAAAAACAAACAUCUUCAGGAGCCACCGAACGUGAAGCUGUGCGGGACCAACAACCGAACAUAUCACUCUCGGUGCCACAUGCUGAAGGACUCCUGCAACACCGGUUUCUACAUUGACGUACAGUACAGUGGCACGUGCGCUUUCGGAAGGUAAAACACUGAACAUCGUGAUUAGCAUUUUUGUCGGAUCAUUCGAGGAGAGCCAUCACGAUCCUGGCGGCAUGGCGGCACACCCGAACUGAGCUACUUCAGCCACGCAGAGGCCAUUCUCGUCGCCCAUUUGCCCGCGGGCACUAGCGACUAGACCAACAUGAAACAUAACCGACCCUUGGUAGCAAGAUAGCGUUGUGUAGAUAAUAUUCAUAUCCCCGUUCAAACCACUCAAUAUUUCAAUGUAAAUUCGAACACACACAGCAAUGUACUACACCCAAACACAAACAAAAUGUCGCACACAACGUUAGCCGCUCGUUAUUAUUUAUGGAUCUUUUCGCUGUAAGUUAUUUAUUGCAAUCACAAUCGUAGAUGUUAAAGGAAACGACAGAAUUCGAGCCUCGAGUACGAAUUCGAAUCCGUGUACAUAAAAAUAAUGACCAUCUAUUCGAAGCCACUACACACAAAACCCAGAGGAACAUUAGGCUCUCGCUCCUAGAAAACUCUUUGUUUUUUUAAAUUAUUAAUCUACAACCUUUAGCACUAUUUAUUGACCGAUAACGCCACUCGGUGAGCCUUCAGCGGGCGAGUUAAUGGUUCACUAUAGGAAGGUGUAAAGAAAGCAAAAGCAAAGAAAAUUCACACGUAACAAAGAUAAAUUUAUGACACAAAACAUUAUUUUGUCGAUAAGAUUUCAUUGGAAUCGAAACCAAAAACAAACAGCUGAGGAAGAAAACAAAACCAGAGGGAAACUAAUGUACUUUAACUACCGAAUAAAGCAAGGAACUUCGGAACCAAAAACCAAGAAAACAGAAACAUAAAAAGAACUCUAAAGUACACAAGUGGGAGCAUACAAGUAUCGUAUUGAUUGAUGAUCCAUGAAGUAUUCGUUGUACUGUAUUUUAUCACCUUUCUAACCGCAUUGAUGGCAACAGAUUUGCUACAAUUCUGCGUGUAGUUGCUGGAGCAUGCUGGCAAGUUUGGUGAAACCUGAAUGCCUCUAUCAGUCGCGGGCUAGAGGCUAGAAAAUUUAGCAUAAUUUCCUCACCCAACAAAAAACGGCAACAUAAAAAAUUGCCCCCGCGAUCACACUUGAUUGACACACGUAGCGUGGUGGAUAAGCGGUUUUAAACAAAGAAUUUUAAUCAACUUCAAACUGUUUAGAACAAUUCAACUAUCCAAUGAGCGUUACAGAGUGGACGAAACGGGAAGAGAAAACAAAACCCAAAGGAACGUAUCAGAGAAGUGUUUACUCAAAACCCUCCACUAAUAGCGAUUAGUGUGGAUACGACUUCUAGGAAGCAGCAAACUGUAUUAACCUUUGACUGAUUUUAAACAAACAAGCAACAAAGAAUACAAAACGCAUGCAAAUAGAGAAAACAGUUAAAUAUAAAAUAGAAACACAGAAACAAAAAAAAAAACAAAAUAAGCAGUAGACGUAGUUCUUCUAAAAAUACCGAAAAAGAUGAUAACACUUCGUUAAAGUCACUUCUAUCACAACGGUGAAGGCGAAAAGCAGAGAGUGUAAGCGAACGAAGCAACUGGCGCAGUAAGGAUGCAAAAUAGAUAGAUAGAGAAAGAGAAACAGAGGAGAACGAGAAAGAGAAAGGCGGGACAGAACGACAGAGAAGAGUCAAUAGAGUGAACCGUCAACCUUGUUGGUAUUAGAAAAUUAUUGCAUUAAAUUAUAUCUAGAAUAUGGGAAACAAAAAAGUCUGCAAAUUUGGUUUAGUCAGUUUUUGGGGAACGUCACCGGAUCCGCCGGCUAACCAAAAUCAAAGUCAAACUCAUAGUCUAUAGCCCGUUUCACCGUAGAGCGUUUGCCCGGACGGGCCCACAACCCCCCUUUUUGUGGAACUCUCUCUAUAGUUCUGAUUAAGGAGCAAACUUAGUAACGAAUAGCAAAUGUAGAAGUUCGUAUGUCAAUUUUGAACCACUCUUUUCGACCUACGCGGAAAAUAAAUCUAAACAGUUGAAACAAAACAAUCACACAAAACACAGAAACGACGAAUCAAGUAUUCUCUCGACAACCAAGCCGAGCCCACGAAGUAUCGAGCAAAGACCCCCGAAUGGCCAAAUGUGGGUGGCUACAUACACGAUACAGCAGCUACAUCAGCACACAAACAGACUCACACACACACCC